AUGGAGAAUGAGCAGAUCCAGAGUCCGCCACCGCUCAGCAACCCGGGGGCCACGAACACCAGCACCACCACCACGGCCCCCAGCAACAGCAACACCGGUGGGCGCCAGACGGGCCCCCCCAUCUCCGUAUACAGCGGGAUCCCCGACCGCCAGACCGUCCAGGUGAUCCAGCAGGCUCUGCACCGUCAACCCAACACAGCCGCACAAUACCUGCAGCAGAUGUACGCCGCCCAGCAGCAGCACCUGAUGCUGCAGACGGCAGCGCUCCAGCAGCAGCACCUGGGGAGCAGCCAGCUGCAGAGCCUGGCCGCCAUCCAACAGGCAAGCAUGGCAGCCAAUCGGCAGGGCGUCUCCUCCGCUUCCAACGGGGCCACCCAGACCCCCCCUCAGCAGCCCACGAUCAACUUGGCCACCUCCCCUGCGGCGGCCCAGCUCAUCAACCGGGCGCAGAGUGCGAAUUCUGCGGCCGCCACCGCCUCGGGCAUCGCCCAGCAAGCCGUCCUUUUGGGCAACACCAGCAAUCCGGCCUUGAGCGCCAGCCAGGCGCAAAUGUAUCUCCGGGCGCAGAUGGCCCAGCAGACAAGUUUAAUGCAAGUAGCUAGGAGCCUAGGCCGCGCUGUUCCUUUGUCCCCCCAGCUCAUCUUCACCCCCACCGUCGCCGCCGUCCAGCCCGAGGGGACCAGCAACGGCAUGCAGCCCCCCACCACCUCCGCACCCCAGGUGCAGAAUCCGGCCUUCCGGACACAACAAGCGGUCAGCCAGGCGCUCGGCUCCACUGCCGGCCAGCAGCCGCCCCCCUUGGCCAUCAAGCCCACCCCGAAUAACCACGGCGGCCAUUCCUGCUCGGCCAGUCUGGCGGCCCAGCUGAAGGGCGCCAAGGAAGGCGGGGCCGAGCUGCUUCCCGAGCACCCGAGGAAGGGCGAAGGGGGCGGGGCAAGCGGUAGUGGUGGGACAGCGGCCCCCCUGGACGGACGAGGCAGCGGUCCCAAUCGGACGGGGGGCCCCGCCCCCACCCACCCCCCGAUUGCCCCAGCCUACCCCCCAGCCCAGACUCAGUCGCAACCGCAGCAGCAGACUCAGGCCAAGCCCCUCCCACACCAGUUUGUGAUCCAGCAGCAGCUCCAGCCCAAACCCCCCCCCCUGCCGGCCUUCCACGCCNCGCGGACAGACGGACGUCCCGCCGGGUGUCCGAACCACACAACUCAGCACAAGUUCCAGCACACCUCUGCGGUCAUCCUGCAGCUGCAGCCGCCCGUUGGGACGCUGCCCCUGGAGGGUCCCCGGAAAGACCCCGUCCCGGCUCUCCUCUCCCCCGAGGCUGCCUGCCUGUCUCCGUCAGCCCCUCCCAAAGCACCGGCGUCCGAGGGUACCGGACCCCCACCACACGCAGAGGCGACCCCCGGCAGCGUUCGCACGCCCCCAGACCCCAGCAGCCCCGGCAUGACAUCAGGAAACGGCAGUGCUGCCUCCACCGUUCCCAGCGCCGUGCCCCAAAACGGGGAGAACAAGCUGCCCCCCCAAGCGGUCGUGAAGCCCCAAAUCUUGACUCAUCUGAUCGAGGGGUUCGUGAUCCAGGAAGGGGCCGAACCGUUCCCGGUGGGCCGCUCCUCGCUGCUGGUGGGGAACUUGAAGAAGAAGUAUGCGCAGGCGGUUCUGGCAGAGAAGCCCCCGCUGCAAGAGACCACCACCACCACCGACUCCGAGAUGGAAGACCCUUACUUGCAAGAAUCCAAAGACGAGCCAUCUCCUCCGAAGUUGAAAUGCGAGCUCUGCGGCCGCCUCGAUUUUGCGUACAAAUUCAAGCGUUCGAAGCGCUUCUGUUCCAUGGCGUGUGCAAAGAGGUAUAACGUGGGUUGCACCAAGCGAGUGGGACUCUUCCAUCCGGACCGCAGCAAGCAUCAGAAACCGAACACGCCUCCACACUGUCGACGUCGACCCUGCAAGGGAGCCCUUCCCCCAUUCACUAAAGAAAGCAAAAAGACGGCACCGGCCUCCUUGCCACCCAGUUCAGCACCCAUGGCGAUAGCCAGCUCUCUCCAGCUCGGCCGUGGACAAGAGGACUCCAGCCGCUGCUCGGACAACUCCAGCUACGAGGAGCCUCUUUCCCCUAUCUCGGCCAGCUCCUCCGCCUCCCGCCGGCGCCAGGGCGAGCGAGACAUGGAACUGCCGGAUGUCCACCUGCGGGACCUGGUGGGCAUGGAACGCCACUUCCUGCGCAGCGAGCCCACGAAGUGGAACGUGGAGGACGUCUACGAAUUCAUCCACUCCCUGCCCGGCUGCCAGGAGAUCGCCGAUGAAUUCCGCGCCCAGGAGAUCGAUGGCCAGGCGCUGCUGCUGCUGAAGGAGGACCACCUCAUGAGCGCCAUGAACAUCAAGUUGGGGCCUGCCCUGAAGAUCUAUGCCCGUAUCUGCAUGUUGAAGGACUCUUAGGAGCCGGGGCUGGUGCCGGGCCGUGAUGGAUGGACGAUCAGCUUGGGGAAGGGA